AAAGAAACGGCCAAAAUGCAUAUAAAACAGGUCAUCAUUCAGGGAUUUAAGAGUUACCGUGAACAAAUUGUAGUAGAACCUUUCGACAAACGGCACAAUGUAGUCGUCGGACGAAACGGUUCCGGAAAAAGUAACUUCUUUCACGCUAUACAAUUUGUACUGAGUGAUGAGUUCUCUCAUCUGCGCCCUGAGCAGCGACUUGCGCUCCUCCACGAAGGCACGGGCCCGAGGGUCAUAUCAGCCUUUGUGGAGAUCAUCUUUGACAAUUCUGACAACAGAAUACCUAUUGAAAAAGAUGAGAUAUUCUUGCGCCGAGUCAUUGGCUCUAAGAAAGAUCAGUUUUUCCUGAACAAGAAAGUAGUACCGAGAUCUGAAGUACUCAAUUUGCUGGAGAGUGCUGGUCUGUCCAACUCGAACCCGUACUACAUUGUGAAGCAGGGUAAAAUUAACCAAAUGGCAGUAGCUCCUGACUCUCACAGACUCAAGCUGCUUCGGGAAGUGGCAGGUACCAGAGUUUAUGAUGAACGCAGAGAGGAAUCAGUUACUAUCCUCAAGGAAACUGUUGGCAAGGUGGAAAAAAUUAAUGAGUUCCUUCAGACCAUCGAGGAGCGUCUGAAGACCCUGGAAGAAGAGAAGGAGGAACUGAAAGAGUACCAGAAAUGGGACCGUUCACGGCGUGUGCUCGAGUUCAUCAUACACGAUACUGAACAUCGCGAGAAUAAACGCAAGCUUGAAGAGUUGGAAAAGCUCCGUACAAACAGUGGGAAGGAACAACAGCAAUACGCCGAUAUGGUGCGUGAAGCGCAGGACCACGUCCGAGAAGCUAACAGGAAACUAAAAGAAGCUCGGAAGGACGUAGCGGCAGCACGUGAAGAGAAAGACAUAUUGUCGACAGAACAACAACAAUUGCUUAGAGAAAAAACCAAACUUGAGCUUGCUAUCAAGGAUUUGACGGAUGACGUCGAUGGGGACAACAAGUCUAAGGAACGUGCAGAAGCUGAAUUGGAACGACUACGUCAACAAAUCGCAGAAAAGGAACGCGAUCUUGAAGAACUAAAGCCGAAAUACGAAGAGAUGAAGGCCCGUGAAGAAGAGUGCACCAGAGCCCUAGCUCUAAACCAACAAAAGAGACAGGAGUUGUAUGCGAAGCAAGGUCGUGGUACGCAGUUCACUUCUAAACAGGACCGAGACCGAUGGAUUGAAAAGGAAUUGAAAUCACUGAACAAACAAAUAAAAGACAAAAAAGACCAUGAGAACAAACUUCGUGAAGAUCUUCGACGCGAUGCGGCCAAACUGACUGAAUUGGAAAAAAAAAUUGAAGAAACUACCAAGGAGAUGGAACGACAAAGAAUUGCCAUUGAUGAACAUAACAAACAGUAUUACGAAUGCAAGAAGAAAAAGGAUCAGGAGCAGAGUACAAGAAAUGAACUGUGGCGUAAGGAAACCACCCUGACUCAGAACCUAUCAUCACUUAAAGAAGAUUUGUCUAAAGCUGAUCAAGCACUUCGUUCCAUGGCAGGAAAGCCAAUUCUGAACGGGCGCGACAGUGUCCGCAAAGUACUGGAGACUUUCCAGGAGCGCGGCGGCGAGUGGGCCAAGAUCGCCACGCAGUACUACGGGCCUGUUAUUGAAAACUUCACCUGCGACAAGACUAUCUACACUGCUGUUGAGGUGACAGCAGGUAACAGAUUGUUCCACCACAUUGUAGAAUCCGAUAUAGUGGGCACCAAGAUCUUAAAGGAGAUGAACCGACAGAACCUGCCUGGAGAGGUCACAUUUAUGCCGUUGAACAGACUGCAGGUUCGGGAUAUGGUCUAUCCUAAUGACAAUAAUGCCAUAGCUAUGGUACAGAAGCUGAAAUACGAUGCAAAGUACGCGAAAGCUAUGAAGUACAUAUUCGGCAAGACACUCAUCUGUCGUAACUUGGAAUGUGCCACGGAACUAGGCAAGCAGUUCCAUCUCGAUUGUGUCACUUUGGAAGGAGACCAGGUGUCAUCAAAAGGCUCCCUGACCGGCGGCUAUUUCAACCAAUCACGAUCUCGCCUUGAAAUGCAGAAAACACGCUCAGAGCUCAUGGACCAAAUAACUUCAUUGGAACAGGAAUUGAGUACUUUAAGACAGGAACUUAAUAAAACCGAGACUAGUAUCAACUCUAUAGUCUCUGAGAUGCAACGGACAGAGACUAAACAGGGGAAGGCUAAGGACAUAUUUGACAAAGUAAAGGCAGACAUUCGUCUAAUGAAGGAGGAGUUAUCAUCGAUCGAGCGUUUCCGCGGGCCCAAGGAACGUUCGCUGGCGCAGUGCCGGUCCAGUCUCGAGGCCAUGCAAGCCACCAAGGAGGGACUAGAGUCUGAGUUACACCAGGAACUAAUGGAGCAACUAUCAACCGCGGACCAGGGUAAAGUAGACGAGUUAAACGACGCCAUCCGUCGGCUCACGCAGGAGAACAAAGAAGCUUUCUCUGCCCGUAUGAACCUAGAGGCUACCAAGAACAAACUCGAGAAUCUCCUCACUAAUAAUUUGAUACGUCGUAAAGACGAACUAGUGCAAGCUCUUCAAGAAAUCUCAGUGGAAGACCGAAAACGCCGGUUGGCGAAUAGCAAAGCGGAUCUCGCUGCUGCAGAGAAACGAAUCAAGCAGAUUAACAAGGAAAUGGAGGAUGUAGAACGAAAAGUGCAGGCCGCUGUUAAGAACGAGAAGGCUUUGAAACUCGAGCUCGAUAAGUGGCGGAAUAAGGAAAAAGAAGCUCAAGACAAAAUGGAGGAGGACGCAAAAGGCUUAGAGAAGAUGGCGUCAAAGGAAGUGCUCCUCCAGGAGAAAAUACAGGAGUCUUUGGACAAGAUCGCUGCACUCGGCACGUUGCCCAACGCACCCGAUCUCCAUAAUAAGUACUCGAAGAUGUCUUUGAAACAGUUGUUCAAAGAAUUGGAAAAAGCGAACCAGCAUCUGAAAAAGUACAACCACGUGAACAAGAAAGCAUUGGACCAGUUCAUCAGUUUCUCUGAACAGAAAGAAAAAUUGUACAAGCGAAAAGAGGAACUGGAUGUUGGUGGCGAGAAAAUCCGAGAACUGAUUGAGACAUUGGAGCACCGCAAACUUGAAGCCAUCCAGUUCACUUUCAAACAAGUGAGCAAGAACUUCACCGAGGUUUUCAAGAAGCUCGUGCCGCAGGGACGCGGCAGUCUUAUCAUGAGAGUCGCUUCGGAAGACGAGGUUGUCAAUCCUGAUCGUACAAACGCCGAUCAAUUCGCGGGUGUGGGCAUCAAGGUGUCAUUCACCGGCGGCGAAGGUGACAUGCGAGAGAUGAAUCAACUAUCCGGAGGACAAAAGUCGCUUGUCGCUCUUGCACUCAUCUUCGCUAUACAGAAGUGCGACCCGGCGCCGUUCUAUCUGUUUGACGAAAUCGAUCAGGCUCUCGACGCCCAACAUCGUAAAGCCAUCGCGAACAUGAUCCACGAGCUAUCAUCAUCAGCACAAUUCAUCACAACCACAUUCAGACCGGAAUUGUUGGAACACGCACACAAAUUCUACGGUGUUAAAUUUCGUAAUAAAGUUUCACACGUCGAGUGUGUCACUAGAGAGGAAGCCAGGGAUUUCGUCGAGGACAGCACUACGCAUGGAUAAGUUUUUUUAGGUUUUAGUUUUGAGACUUAUGUUUUUAACGCAAAAUGUUCAGACAAUUUUUGAUGUGGGCUAAUGGUCGUAGUAACAAUCCUUGCUAUGGCGUGGUGUUUAUUAUGUUAUGUAAUUUUAUUUUGCGAUUAAACUUCGAAAAUUCAACAUUACCUUCUCUAGGUGUACGUGUCAUUUUUAAAUACAAAAAUAAUUCAGUUAUAAUUGUUGUUGGUCACUUGUCUGUCUGCUGAAAACCCAUACUAAUAUUGAGUUUGACAGCUUUAAGACAGAAGUUAAAGUUUUUAUGUAAUUAUUCUUCAUUAUUGAAUAAACUUCCAUUUGAAAUGAAUAUUUGUAACUAAAUUCCAAUAGUGCCUAUCAAUUUGUCGGUUUUGACACCCAAAUUUUUUUUUGUACAAUUUUAUUCCAUAUAAUAAUUUCGUUUUAUUUAAUUUUAGUAUGUAACAAAUAAUAUUGGGCAAAAUGUAAUUAAAACUACAAAACUUUGAAUAAUUUUGUACUUGGACGACAUUUUUACCAAAUUUGCCGUUGAGCGUGUUAUUUGACUACAAACUACUUAAAAGUACUAAUUGGUUUGUGGUUAAACUUUUGCUCAUCACUAGUUCAUAAUAUGGUCGUAAUAUCUUGAGGAAUUUGAAUACACGGAGAACAUCUAAAACCUUAGAGGAUGGAAAAAAGGAAUCUGUAAUCUGAGUGUAGAGUACUAAAAAACCGACUUCAAAAGUUCGUGGAAUGACAUCUGUUUGCCAAAUUUUAUUGAAAUCGGUUACCGGACAAGUACGGAACAAAGACGGUAACAAGGUUCAUCCCAUACUUUGCCAUCCUUAGAGAUUUAAUAGGACAACGACCCGGGGUUCCCUCUUUCUAACAAAAAAGAAUAAUCUAAAUCGGUUCACAAUAUCGCGUGACAUACAUACAAAAAGCAUGCAGUGGAACCUCUCCCUUUUUUGAAGUCGGUUAAGAAAGGAAUCUAUUCAAUUGCAUCAAUAUAUUUUCGACCUUAAAAUUUCGAAGACAUGUUACAUUCGUCAAUGCGCCCAAUAAGUGUCCAAUUUUUUGUCGUUUCUUACAUUAUAGUUGUAAAUGGUUAGGGAAUGACAAAAUAUUACGAUGGUUAUUAUAGUGUACUGAGGAAAUGUAGCAUUGUGGUAAUUUAUAAUUUGACAUUUUGUAGAUAUACUUUGACAUUUGUGCGGCCGCCAGAUUAUUUAACAAAAUUAUUAUUUACUAAAAAGUUAUUAUUUGAUAAAAUGUGUAAAAAUAACUUUUAGUAAAUAAGGCUCAAUUUACAUUGCCAAGGAACGGGACGGAGACGAAUUUAUAGUACAUAACAUAAUGAUCUUUAUGUCAAAUGUAACGUAUGAACUAGAUACAAUACGGUAGCUACGGGAAAAUAUUUUUUGGCUCGUAUCUACCUACACAAACUGGCAAAUUUAGCAGAACACUAGUAAAAACUCUAAAUAAAGCAGUUUUUUCAAAAGACUCCGGUUAUUUUUAUUUGUCCCAUUAAUUUGUUUUAUGUAAUCAAUGUUAAAAUUUUACAAUUUUUAAGUUUUCAACUGUUUCUUUUUCACAAAAAGUAAAAAACGAUUUUUGUUAAAUAAACCUUUAGUAAGGCUGUUCUAAGCGACAUUAUAAUUAUAACGUGAUAAUGUGACGUGAUAAUUGGUACUUAUAUCCUUAUUUAUUUAAAUGUAAACGUAAUCACUUUAUAUUCUCAUUCUUUUUUGUUCCGCUAAAUAUGUGCCGGUGUUUGUAGUUUGUACGUUACACAAUUGACAUCCUUUCCUUACAAAAAUUAGCUUCCAUCCCGUCUCGCAGCAAUGUGAAUUGAACCUCAGGAUGAAUUUGCGGAUAUAUGUAUGUAGUGAAUACUAUAUUUUGAUUAUUAAAUGUAAGCUAAGUAAUAAAUUGUCAAUUUAUAAAAUUAACGUUUUUCAUUAACACAUUGUGUCGAGGGUUCAGAGGCACCGCCACUGCACCCGUCACCCUAAGACACAAAGUUGACAAGUUCCACAUGGCUGUUGUUUCACCAGCAGUCUUACCCUUCGACAUCGGAACGCAGUGGCAUUACUGCUUGG